GGAGGUAUUUUUAUUUUCCUCCCUGUGUAUCUCUCAUCACACCUUCAGGGCCAUGCCGCGGUCAUUCCUCGUCAAGACCAAAAGGUCCGGGUCUCAUCUGCUGGGGCAAUCUAAAGACAGCAGAUAUGUGGAGUUUGGACAAGCCUCUGAGUCCCAGACUGUCCAGCCUGUGCAGCAUGAGGUGUGGAGAAACGGGAGGGAGCCUGAAUAUGUGGUGCAGCCUCUGUCCUGUAAGACAGGGAUCAAACAUGUUCCAGCUGAAGCCUGUGAUCAGAUGGUGGUCAGACCUCACAGUACUCUCACAGAGGACACCUGCAUUUCAGAAUCCACUCUGGAGAAAGACAGUCCUCUCUUUGUCUCGCCUGUGUCUGUGGACAGCCAACAGGUGUCUCCAAGAGAAAGGGAAUUAGAAAAACUGGUGUUGAUCUUACUCAACCACACAUCGCACAUUGACCUCAAAUCCCCUGUCAGCGAAUGUCUCCUCUGCAAAAAGACUGUUGCAGAGGUCUUAUUAUCAGGAGGAGGCCCACAAUCUCACAUUUACAACCCCUUAACAAAACUGCCCACACCUGAUGGUAUCACCCACCCCUUUUAUGGCUUUGGAGCCAUCAGCAGCUGCACAAGACCCAAGGAACGCAGUUUUGAGUGCACGGUGUGCGGAAAGAUCUUCAAGCGUUCCUCCACCUUGUCCACACACCUCCUCAUCCACUCGGACACGCGGCCGUACCCCUGCCCCUACUGCGGCAAAAGGUUCCACCAGAAAUCAGAUAUGAAGAAACACACCUUUGUACACACAGGUGAGAAGCCUCACGUGUGCAAAAUGUGCGGUAAAGCAUUCACCCAGAGCUCCAACCUGCUCACUCACAGCAGAAAGCACAGCGGCUUUAGGCCCUUCAGCUGCCCCCGGUGUCAGCACAGCUUCCAGCGCAGGAUCGACCUGCAGCGCCACCAGACUCAGUGUAACUAUGAGCUGGUGACAAACGUCCUAAACCUCUAAA